AUGCCUGACCCUGAUGACAGCCAGGAGCUAAAAGAAAUGUAUGAGAAGUGGCAAAAGGCUGAUGAAAUGGCCAAGUGCUAUAUUUUAGCUUCAAUGUCAAAUGUUUUACAACAUCAGCAUCAGUCUUUUGUCACUACUCGUGACAUUUUGUUGAACCUUAAGGAAAUGUUUGGGGAACAAAGUAGAGCGGCACGACAAGUCGCAAUGAAACAGAUUAUGAACGCUCGUUUGCCCGAAGGAACUCCAGUUGGCGAACACCUUUUAAAAAUAAUUUCUUAUUUCAAUGAACUAGAGGUUCUUGGGGCAGACAUAGAUGGUGAGACCCAGGUUGAUAUAAUUCUACAAUCAUUGCCAGAGUUAUUCAAUCAGUUCAAACUAAAUUAUUCUAUGAAUAGUAUGGCUUAUUCUUUAUCAGAACUGAUGAAUGCUCUACAAGCUGCAGAAGAUCCUUUCAGUAAGACUCUACCAACUAGGGUUUUUGAGUCACAUAUUGAAGGGAUGGGUGUUAGAUGUAAUGGUAAUUGGCUUUGA